AUGUCGGAUAGUUUAAAUAAUAAUCUUCAUGAUUCCGUUGAUGAAUCAGAAUCUACAAACAUGAAAAAGAGAAGAGUUGGUAAAGCUUGUGAUUGUUGCCGUAUGAAGAAGACUAAAUGUGAUGGUGUUAAACCUUGUUCAAGAUGUAAAAUCCAUAAUCAUUUAUGUUCAUAUACAGAACGUCGUUCAUCAUUUCAUAAAGAAUAUCAAGAAGGUUAUGUUGAAUUAUUAGAAGCUAGAUUAAGUUUAUUAACAAGAUGUCUUCAUAAAUUUCAUCAAAUGGUUGAUAAUGGUGAUGAUGUUUCAAAUUUGAAGGUUAAAGAUAAAAAGGAAUUAAGUAUAAAUAAAUUGGUUUCAUUAUUGGAGAAUGAUGAACAUUAUGGUAAUGAAAUUAAUGAUGAUCUUGGUGUUUGGGAUAAAGGUAUUGAAAUUGCCUCAAAAUUUGAUGAGAAUAAUUCAAAUUAUAUGAAGUCUGCAUGUUCUGAAUUUGCUGAUCAUUUUAAAACUGGUAUACAUGGUGCUAGUACUAAGGGAAGGAAAAGAACCAGAAAAGGCAGAAAUCCAAAGCUAAUAGAGAAGAAAGCUACCAAGAAAUUUAAAUGUAUUACAAACAACGAAAGUGAUUAUCAUGAAUUUGAACGUUCAUCAAGUCCAAGUUUACCACAAUCGCCAAUUAUAGAAACUGAUAUCACAACAGAAACCAAUAAACCAAUCAAUGAAUCACCAUCAAGCCUAUUACUAAGUCCAGAUGAUGAAAUCCCAUUGAGUACAGAAAGUCUAUUCAUUACAAGAAAUCCUUUCAAUAACAAUCAAGCUUUAGAUCAAUCUAGUUUACCAAUAAUUCCAACGAAUGUUGAGGAUGAAUUCAUUGAACAAAAUUCCAAUAUCAACAAUAACAAUAAUAACAAUAAUAACAAUGAGGAUAAUUAUUUACUUUAUGGUAAUUCAAAUCCAGAAAUUUUGCCAAUGAGAUUUUGGCCUUAUUAUUCUGAAAUUCCCGAAGGUUCAGUUUAUAAUGAAGUUAAUGGGUUUAAUUAUUAUCCACAAGUCAAUACAAAUCCAGUCAAUUUUUUAUGA